AUGCCUGGUGGAGGGGAGCUUUUCGGGAAGGUCGCUAAGGGCCGUUUCAGCGAAGAUCUCAGCCAUAAGUAUUUCCAGCAGUUGAUCUCCGCUGUCGGUUACUGUCACUCGCGCGGCGUUUACCACCGCGACCUAAAGCCCGAUAACCUGUUGCUGGACGAGAAGUGGGACCUCAAGGUGACCGAUUUCGGGUUGCGUGCGGUGAAGGAUCAGGUCCGACCCGACGACAGGCUCCAUACCCUGUGCGGCACCCCAACUUACGUGGCGCCGGAGAUUCUCACGCAGAAAGGCUACGACGGCGCAAAGGUUGAUUUGUGGCGUCAUCCUUUUCGUGCUCACGGCGAGAUUGCUUAG